UGCGUAAGGGGGCGGAGGGGGAGGAGGGUGCAGCUCUGUGCUGCUACGUCAGUGCACAUCACAGGAGCGCACAGGACCUUUUCCUCUUCCAGGACUCGGGGUGACUCCCUGCACAGGAAGGCAAAAAAAAAAAGCAAGAAGCUAAUUCCGGUCACCCUGACACGAGCUGAGAUCCCCUCAAGAGGGUCCAACAGUGCAGUGGAGCAGGGAGCUGUCCGCGGUGCUGAAUUCACCAGCUCACAGAAAUCCCCCUCACACACUCAUGUGCUUUGGCCGCUCCUGAUACUUCUGAUUCAGCAGCAACUGACCGCCACCGCAACACACCCAAGAUGGACGACGACGGGCGCUACAGAGAUAACCGCUCAGACUUCCUCCGCGGCGCCAAGGACAUUGCCAAGGUGGCCAAGAAGCAGGUAGGCAAGAAGGUGGGGCGCGGCGUGGACAAAAUGGGCGACGAGUACACUAAGCGCUCCUAUAAGCGCUUCGAGGAGGAAGACGAUGACGACUACGCCGGCGUGGCAGGCAACGACGGUGGAUAUUACCGCAACGACAGCCGGGCCAAUGACGAGGAAGGCCACAGUGACUCCACUGAAGGACACGAUGAGGAUGACGAGAUCUACGAAGGCGAGUACCAGGGCAUCCCGAGGGCCGAGUCGGGCAAGGCCGGCAGCUUGGACGGGCCGACGGUCGCCCAGGCGCAGCAGUUCAAGGAUCUGUCGGCGUACGAGAGCGAGCGGAGGAAAGACCAGGAGGAGCUGGCUGAGCAGUACGAGACCAUCCUGCAGGAGUGCGGCCACGGGAGGUUCCAGUGGACGCUCUACUUUGUCCUGGGGCUGGCUCUGAUGGCAGAUGGCGUGGAGAUCUUCGUGGUCGGCUUCGUGCUGCCCAGUGCUCAGGUAGACAUGUGUCUAUCUGAGCCGAACAAGGGCAUGCUGGGUCUGAUUGUUUACCUGGGGAUGAUGGUCGGGGCUUUCGUGUGGGGAGGCCUCGCCGACCGGAUCGGCCGACGGCAGACGCUCCUCAUCUCCCUCUCCAUCAACAGCGUGUUUGCCUUCUUCUCGUCCUUCGUCCAGGGCUACACCUCCUUCCUCUUCUGCCGUCUGCUCUCUGGUGUGGGCAUCGGAGGCUCCAUCCCCAUCGUGUUUUCCUAUUACUCCGAGUUCCUGGCCCAGGAGAAGCGAGGAGAGCACCUGAGCUGGCUCUGCAUGUUCUGGAUGAUCGGCGGCAUCUACGCCUCCGCCAUGGCCUGGGCCAUCAUCCCACACUACGGCUGGAGCUUCCAGAUGGGCUCGGCCUACCAGUUCCACAGCUGGCGUGUCUUUGUGCUGGUGUGUGCCUUCCCCUCUGUGACGGCCAUCUGUGCCCUCACCACCAUGCCGGAGAGCCCCCGCUUCUUCCUGGAGAACGGGAAACACGAUGAGGCGUGGAUGAUCCUGAAGCAGGUCCACGACACCAACAUGAGGGCCAAAGGCUACCCGGAGAGGGUCUUCUCUGUGACCACCAUCAAAACUGUGAAGCAGAUGGAUGAACUGGUGGACCUGGGCGACAGUGCUGCCUGGCACCAGAAAUGGAGGCUAAAGCUCAGCACACUUUUUCAUCAGGUGUGGAGUAACUUCCUGACUAUUUUCUCCCCGGAGUACCGCCGCACCACCUUCAUGAUGAUGGCCGUGUGGUUCUCCAUGUCCUUCAGCUACUAUGGUCUGACAGUGUGGUUCCCCGACAUGAUCAAGUACCUGCAGAAGCAGGACUACGCGUCCCGCACCAAGGUUUUCGCCAAGGAGAAAGUGGAACAUGUGACCUUUAACUUCACCCUGGAAAACCAGAUCCACCGCCAGGGAGAGUACUUCAAUGACAAGUUCAUGAACCUGAGAAUGAGGUCCAUGGUGUUUGAGGACUCGCAUUUUGAGGAGUGUUACUUUGAGGACAUCACCUCCAGCAACACCUUCUUCAAGAACUGCACCUUCAUUGCCACGCUCUUCUACAACACAGAUCUCUUCAAGUACCGGUUGGUCAACUGCAAACUCCUCAACAGCACGUUCCUGCACAACAAAGAGGGCUGCCUGCUCAGCGACGUCAGUGACGACAACAAUGCCUACAUGGUCUACUUCGUCAGCUUCCUGGGCACCUUGGCAGUGUUGCCAGGCAACAUUGUCUCCGCGCUGCUCAUGGACAAGAUUGGACGACUGAGGAUGUUAGCGGGCUCCAGCGUGAUAUCUUGCAUCAGCUGUUUCUUCCUGUCCUUUGGCAACAGCGAGUCAGCCAUGAUUGCUCUGCUCUGCCUGUUCGGAGGAAUCAGCAUCGCCUCCUGGAACGCCCUGGAUGUGCUGACGGUCGAGCUCUACCCCUCUGACAAGAGAACCACAGCUUUCGGCUUCCUCAACGCCCUCUGCAAAUUAGCAGCCGUGCUGGGCAUAAGCAUCUUCACGUCGUUCGUGGGUAUAACCAAGGCGGUGCCCAUCCUCUUUGCCUCGGGGGCGCUGGCGGCGGGCAGCUUCCUGGCCCUCAAACUACCGGAGACGCGGGGCCGGGUGCUGCAAUAGUGAGUGUGGCUCCGACAACUUUUCCAGGGGGGCAGAAGAGUUUUUCGCCACACUGUGAACGAACCGCUCAAGAGCCCCCUCCCAGAUCCUACCUUCUAACCCCUCCCCCCAUAAUUAUAACGUUUGUGCACAAGCAGAGGAGUGCGACAUACAGUAGAUCUGCUGAGCUGUAAAUACUUAGGAUUGGUGAUUAUUUGGUUUGUGCCCCCCCUACAUGUUAUAAAGAUAAGUGCAGCUGUGACAAACCAUUACAAUGCCUGAAUAAGCCUCGAGACAAAUAGGUUAUUAUCCCUGCAGAUGAAAACAUGAGGCAAACAUGGUGUUGGGUUAGAGUGUAUUAAUUUAUAUCAGUGGAAAACAACAGUACUUUAAGAUUGAACCCCCCCCCCGAUAUAAGUACACACAGCUGGGGUUGGAGGUGAGGUCAUGGGGGCUCUUGAUAAUGAGCCAUGCAAAUAGACUUAUAAAAAUGACCACUAGCCAUUGUUGCAGAGUUCUCUCUCACCUCCAUUCAUCAAAUUACCUUUCACAUCUUCAGUACUUUGACAUUGGUGGACGUAGAAUCAAAAGUUUUGACAUUUAUGCCUUUAUUUGAAGCAUUUUUGACUUCACGAGGCAAAACCAAGACGCCACCUCACUUGGUUUCCUCUUUAACAAAGACCCGUCCUCAUCCUCUGUCGCCCGAGGGUCUUGUGUCGGUGAACAGACUGCCAUUUUAUAGAUUUUAGAACAUUCCAGGGUUGUUUGGGUGCGAUAUGGAGAUAAAUCGAGCCCCUUUUUCCCUUUACAACAUUGUUUUUGAUCACGUCUCUGUCACGGGGUCAUUGAGAUCAAACACAUUUCCCACGCUGAGUCAAAUCUGUGUUCUGCCAUUUCAUUACAAAGGUGAAGCUUUCUGUUGACAUUCACACUUAAAGCACAACCAUCAGCCUGACAAGUGACUGUCCUGAACAUUUUUCCUGAUGUGAUGAAAAUGUUCAGACUCUCUCAUUUUUCCAGUCAUAUUGUGUUUCCCCUUUGUGAGAAAUGACUUUUUUUUAGUACCUCUCCUCCCAGAGGGUGUUUGUCUCUUGGAGGUUGUUCUGCAUGGAAGGAUGUUUGUAACUUUAACUGAGAGUACAACAUGUUAACAGCAUCUCGGAACAUGUUGCGUGUGGCUCACAUCUCCAUACGACUUCUGAUCCACAAGAGACUGCACAGUGCUUUUAUUCUAACAGCGACACCAUAAUGAAUCUUACCCCUCUGUCCUCAGAGCACACUGCACAAGAUAGGUUCAUAUCAGAGUAAAAAUAUAUUAAAGCAAUCAAAAAGCGUAAAAACAAGUUCCACAGAAAAGCUACACCUUUAGUUUGAGUGGUUCUGGUGCAGGCCCAACGUGUGGUGAGUGUGUAAGAUCUAAAUCUAAUUCUUUGUGUGAACUGAAUGUUUAUAUUAAUGUGAGUGUGCUUCUUAGUGCAAUAUUGAACCUCUCUGCAAUAUUGAGAUUUUAUUCUAUUUAUUAGUUAAUUUAUUUUUUUGUGUCUUUUUAGAAUUUCACAUCUGGCAAACUCUUUUUUUACUGGUUAACGGAAUGCCGGGUAGAGCUGUCUCAUAUUGACAACCGAACAUGGUGCGACGACAUACUGGACAUGCAAGUGUUAAAGAUUAGAGGCUGCUCAGUGUCAGCGGGGGAGAAAAUAUGGAAAUUGUUGGAAAAUACUGCAUCCAAACUAAAAAACCUAAUUAUUAACACAUUAAAUCGUGUUUAAUCGCAGUUGAAAACGAUGAUUCCGAUGAUGAGGGUAGGAAUUUGGACCUUGUGUUUUCUUGUGCUGUUUUCUUUUUUUAUACAAAUGUAGCUACAACAUGAGAUUCACCUUCGAGAACUCACUGCCAAGGGCUGAUUGUCAUAUAUCCCCCACACACACACACACACACACAGGUAACAGCACAGAGGGGCUGCGGAAAAAAUAACGCCACAUAACCCCCCCCCGAUCUAGACAAGUAAGCGUGAUAUGUUCACAAUUGCAAGGGAUGAGACAAGAAAAAACAAUCAUUGAAAUGUCUGAUUAAUUAAACUGUUUUUGUCCAAACUGCCAUUUUGUAGGAUAGCAGCCAUACAUAGACUCGAGACAGUUGAAACAAAUAGACAACCCAUUGCACUAAGAGUACACUGUCGUACAUGCACAAUUGUGAAUGCCUUGCUCAAGGCCCAGUUGUCACGCCUUGUUCUUCUUCUAGACACAUCCUGACGCAGCCUUGCUAGAGGUUUAAAGACGAACCGCGUCGAGGGUUCAGCAAGAGCACAAAGACCAAAAUCUACCAAAUGACGAUCUUUAGUGAACGUGAGUGCAGUUGUGAACAUAGGUGCUUCGAGCUUUGAUGACCUGCCCCUUACAUCUCACCGUCUAAUUUCAAAUUUGACAUCUGAGCCAUUAAUCUAUGAGUGUGCCAUGAGUUCCACCUCUCAUGAAUUAUUGCCAAAUAUUUUAUAUGGCCUGAGUUUACACAUUACACCAUCAGUUCUCUGUAAUAGCUAUGAAUAUAUGUAAAUAAAAAGGAAUACAAAAAAAAUAACUAUAACUAAUAAGAUAGCUCUUCAAACCUUCCGACCCCUGGGAAUAUACUAUAUAACAGUCAGUCUUUGUAGGUUUUCAACUAUCGUUUGUGUGAGACAAGAGCAGCUGGACUUGUUAUUGUUAUUUUUCACAACUCCUCUGAAAACUUUUCUUUAAGAGUCCAGAUGCUCUUGUUUUUAAAACUUCAAGAAAUAACGGCUUCAGGAGCCAAAGUGGCCAGAAAGUCAGAAAGCAGAAUUCGCCCCAGAUCCCCUCUUCAAAGCACAUCGAUCGUAUAUUUAACGCUCAUUAACUGUACAAAUAGAAAAGCAAUGAGCUAGCACGGGCAGUCCUACUCUCUGUGUGUUGUCCUGUAUCACCCACGGAGUUAAGAACAACGAUGUCAAGGUAACUGUUGUGUUCGUUCAAUAAACAACGCUAAUCCUGUCUCAGUGACUCAGUUCAGGCUCCGUCCAAGUCAAGAUUGUCUCUCGUAGGUACAUAUCUUAGCUUAUGUUACAGGGUCUUUUUUGUAUAAUUAACUUGUUGCCUGGGCAACAGCCAAUGGUGAGUGCAAGAAGUUAACAAAGCAAUAAGUGUUUGGAUAUUUGUCUCUUAUUCUCUCCUCCGAAGCUAUUUGGGAAUUGGAGCACGUCACUAUAUGCCGGCCUUGUCCACUUAAAAUUCAAUAAUCACACAGGACUAAACAGCUGACAUUCAAUGUGUGUACUCUGGAAAACAACUCAAGGGUCCUGAGGCUUUUUGUCAAUAAGAUUGCAUUGCCAUUAAUUAAAUGUAACAAAACAAUUUAUCACCUUUGUCAUUGUAUCGUGCUGUAGAAACCGUAGUUGACUGUUUGUGAGUAUAGAAACCGUUUGUGGAACCACGAAUACAAAAGAAAAUGCUAUAAAAAAGGAAGUGUAAAUGAACAAUGCUGUAUGUUGUCUUUGAUUUUGUGCAUUUUGUAAAUGAGAAUGAAAUAUAAGUAAAUACAUCAAUGUGACAUACCAGUUAUGGACCAUAGUUAGCCUAAAUGUGACGACACCAGUUCUGUUUAAAAAGGUGUGUGAGACUUUUUUCUUAUAUUUUCUUCAUUGUUGAUUUUGGAUCGGGUUUGCACUUUGUUGUGCAACUGAGCCCUUGGAAUCACAAUGAUUAACAAAGAACCAUGAAGAAUAAACAAAUGGGAAAAAAAUCAAUAAAGCAAAUCCUGGUCA